AUGUCGUCGCUUCUCUCUUUCUUCGGUUGGGCUGUCCUCCCAAACUAUGUCACCUCCAUCGUCCAGAGCGUCUACUAUGGCAUCACCAUCCGUGCAGGUGAACCCCGCCCUCAGCCCGGCACUCCGCGCUAUGCGCGACACCGCCGGCGCAUCUACAUCCUCGUCGUGACCAGCUACCUCCUCUACACUCUCUACGAGACCUUCCAUCGCGUACAAGUCGCAGGCGACUUCUACCGUGCCCUGGGCGUCUCUCCGUUCGCCGAUGAACGCACUAUCAAAUCGCGCUUCCGUCGUCUGGCUGCCCAGCACCACCCAGAUAAGGCCGGCGGCGCCGUGUCCGACAGCUACUUUGUGUAUCUGCGACUGGCGCAGGAUACGCUCCUCGACCCCGUGAAGCGGGUCGCGUAUGAUAUGUAUGGCCCGGACAUGCUGAAUUGGGGCGAUAAGAGGACCCUGCAGGAAUUUGUGAUGGCUGGGUUGCAGCGGUCCCUGCCGCAGUAUGUGAUCGGGUUGGUCACUAUUGUGGUGCUGCAGUUUACGUAUUGGUCGGAGUGGGGACGCUAUUGGCGCUACUUCACCUUCGCUGCGCUGGUUACCCUCGAGUCGAUCCUACUUACACGUCCUACGGCAUUAUUACUCCCGUGGAGCUAUAUCCCCGCCGGAUUGCAGGGUUUGCUGGGAUUCUCGUCCAAGGGCCCCGAGUUCUAUCUCCUGCCGUUUCAGAUCCUGACGCUGGCCCAGCGUGCCUCGGUCACUCUGCACAUCUUCAUCUCGCAGGUCACGCCGCCGGAGAUUAGUAAACGGGCGUCGUCUGCCCCGGGCGAUCGUCUGCAUCCGCAGACCAUGCAGAAACUGGGUCAGCUGGCGCAGCUCUCUCGGGCGACAGAUGGCGAAGCGACUCGGCUGCUGCAGUUGGGGUUUGCGCCGUUCAAGGGUGAUCGUGAGGGCGUGACGGCGCUGCGGAAGGGCAUGAAGGAGGCGUUGGUGCUGGGCAGUGUUCGGGCUAGUCCGGGAGUGCAGCAGGCGGUUGGGGAGGUGAUCCGACGGAAGAAGCAGGGGAAGGCGGAUUGA